UUAUUUGAGCAAAACCAAUCAUUCAGACCCCAAAAUUCCAUAUUUCAAAAAACCAGCUCUCUGGUCCCCAAAUCCCCAUCUAAGCAAAACCAAGCUGUCAGACCCCAGAAUUCCCAUUUGGAGUAAAACAGGCAGUUCGACUCCAAAAUCCCUGUUCGAGCAAAACCAAGUUUUCAGAUCCCCAAAUCCCUACGCACGCCAAAAGAAGCCACCAGACCCUAAAAUCCCCAUUUGAAAAUAAGAAAGGCAGCGUCAGACCCCAAAUUCCUAUUUCAGGAAAACCCAGCUGUGAGACCUCGAAAUCCAAGCCAUCAGUUCCCUCCAAAUCCCCCAAAUUUGAGCCAGACGGAGCCGUCCCUCCCCAAAAUCGCCGCCGGAGGCGGGCACAAAGAGUUAAACUCCCGCGGGCGCCGUGGCCAAUCCCACCGAGCAGAGGGCAGCCCUUGGCCCCGGCCCAGCGGCAGGUUGCUCUCCGCAGGUAUUAUUUUGGAGUUUUUUCCCGGGAUACCGGGCAGGGAAACAAUGGAUUUCGAGCUCGGCGAAGGAUGGGGGAGCCGCAGGACGGACCCCUGGGCUGCCCAGGUAAAUCCCGUGCCACUGACCCGUGCCUCCACCUCACCUCGACGCUGCCAUGGCCACGCUGGAGACGCUGCCCGUCCUGAGUGACCCCACCCGCGCCAGCCCGCAGAACUUCCACGGACUCGCCGCCCGGCCACCCCGAACCGCCGCCCCCCGGAGUGCCAUGGGGAGCGUGGGCAGCGGCGUGGCCAACGACCAGGAGUUCGCCAUGAAGAGCGUGGGCACCCGGACGCAGGGCAGUGGCCGCCAGGCCUCCGAGGGCUCCCGCAGCAACGGCUACUCCGGGCGGGAGAUCUCCAACCGCUACUCCGGCGAGGAGAAGACCUACAAGUCGGAGAAGGUCUCCAACUCCCUCUACAUCAACGGCGACCUGCGCAAGAGCGAGAAGGUGAAGAUGGACAUCUGUGGGAACGUGACCUCCAACAACGAGAAGAACCUGCCGCCUCCUCCCCAGUACCGAGAGCCCGGUAACCCACCAAAGAUAUUGCCAAUCUCCGGCAAACUCGACCAGAGCAAUGAGCCCUUAGUUAGACCCUCAGCCUUUAAGCCAGUAGUUCCUAAAAACUUCCAUUCCAUGCAGAACCUCUGCCCGCCGCAGAGCAACGGGAUGACGGAGAACAGGAAGAGCUUGAACCACGCCAACAGCAAUAGCCCGUCCGCACCCAAAGCUGGGCUCGACAAGGGCAGCCUUAACAGGACUACAAACCAAGGGGGGGGGCUCUCGGAUUCGGGGCGUAACUCCCUAACGAGCCUGCCCACCUACGGGACGGGCUACAGCCAGCAUGUGGGGCCCAUGAGCGCCUCCACCAGCCACAUCAACCGCAUCGGCACCACCUACGUGGAGAAGAACAUCGUGGGAUACAACGGGAUAUCUACCUCAGACAGCGGGCGGUCCUCCAGCAAGAGCACCUCCUCCUUCAGCAGGCUGAACCAUCUCAACGAGACCAUGCCUUUCCACUCGCCUUCCACGGACGACAUCAUCCAGGACCUGGAGGACCGGCUCUGGGAGAAGGAGCAGGAGGUCCUCCAGAUGCGGAGGAACCUGGACAAGAGCGAGGCGGCGAUCUUCCAGGUGUUCGAGGAGAAGCAGAAGAUCUGGGAGAGGGAGAUGGAGGACCUGAGGCAGAACUACGCCAACAAGCUGCAGCAGGUCUCCAAAAAGGCGCAGCGGGCUCAGCAGGCUUUGCAGCUCCAAAUUUUCAAGCUCCAGCAGGAGAAAAAAAAACUCCAGGACGACAUGGGGCAGCUCCUCCAGCAGCGAGAGGAGCUGGAGAAGAAAUUCGUGGCUUUCAAGAAGGAGCAGGCUGAGUUUCUCCCAAAGAUUGAAGAGACCAAGUGGGAGGUGUGCCAGAAGGCAGGCGAGAUCUCCCUGCUCAAGCAGCAACUGAAGGACUCCCAGGCAGACGUCUCCCAGAAGCUGAACGAGAUCGUGGGGCUGCGCUCGCAGCUCAAGGAAGGCAAGAACUUCCUGCGGGAGAAGGAGGAGCAGAUCCUCACCCUGAAGGACUCCUACAGCUCCAAGAGCGUCAACCUGGAGAUCUGCGAGGGCGAACUGCAGCGCAAGAUGAGCGAGGUGCAGGUGCUGAGGGAAAAACUGAACCACUGUGAGCUGGAGGUCUCCGGCCUGAAGCGGACACUUGCCAGCAUGGGACCCCCGGGGCCCUUCGGGGGCGACCUGGGCGAGAAGCUGCGGGACCCGCUGGCCUGCGAGAGCGACGAGGCCAAGAUGCAGCGGCAGAGCGAGGACAGCGUGAACUCCCUGCGGAAGGAGGUGGAGCGGCUCCAGACGGAGCUGAAGCUGGAGCGGCAGCAGCGGGAGCAGCAGGUGAUGGACUUCGAGGAGGAGCGGCGCACGUGGCAGGAGGAGAAGGAGAAGGUCAUCAAGUACCAGAAGCAGCUGCAGCUGAACUACGUGGAGAUGUACCAGAAGAACCAGCUCCUGGAGCACAAGGUGAACGAGAUGAACACCAAGGCCACCAGCCCCCCGCACACCGAGGAGAAAAAGACGUGGACUCCCUCCAGGCUCGAGCGAAUCGAGUCCACCGAGAUCUGAGGAGGGGCCACCACCGCCACACAACGAGAUUUUUUUAUUGCUGUGCAUGUACUACCUACUCAAGCCAGUGAUCUUCCGAAGGAUAACGCGCUACCGCCGGAGCGGGGGGAGCCUGCUCUGCUCCCGGCCGAGCUCCACCACCCUUACUCUCCACUUCUGUGCUCUGUAGGUAAAAUAACUGUGGAUGUGCGUUGGUUUUCUAUCAAUGAUACGACAUCUCUUUUGGGUUUUUUUUUUUCCUAGUACAGCUGGUGAGGGUCAAAAUUGGCUCUUUCGUUAAUCUGCCGUGACUGUUACUCCGUUGGAGGCUGCCACCCCCUCUCCUACAAUUCACCCCUUCUCGGUUGGUUGUUUUGGAGGGUUAAUAUUCGGUUUCUUUGGUUUCCCAAGCAUUUUCGUGCAGCGAAACAGUUCAAAGUGGCAGGUUUGUUGGUUUGUUUGGUUGGUUUUUUUUUUUCUUUCCAAGAUGUUUUUAGCCACAUUGGCUAAUGGAGCAAAGCUCUCGGGAUGAUGAGCAAACUCACUGUUCUGCAUCAAGUAUCCUGUUCCAGACGAUGGUCUUAGUGAAGUCAGUGCAAGGUUGGCCACUGAUUUCAGUGAAACCAGACAUAUCUCUGCCAGACGACUCCCCCUUGCCAGCCCAUGGCUACCAUGGUUGCAAGAGGUUAGGACAUCCUUGAGGAGCAGGAUGAGCCUGUCCUGGUAACAGAAGCCAACAAGGAAUGAUCUCCCGGCAGGAGCCUCUUUGGGGGCUCAGCAGAGCUGUGUUUUCAUUUCCUUGUGGUUUCCUUCUGCGGUUCCACUCCUCUCCCAGGUUGUGACCGACCUUGGGAGCAGAAAUACCCUCCCACCUCUGCCUUGGUCCCCUUACUCUUACUAUACACCCAAGCUGGCUACAGCAAGAAAAAAAGCUUGGAAAUCCAAGCUGGUUUCCCUUCCCAAGAGCCCUCUUACUUCCCAAAGUCAAUGGGAUCAAGGUUUGGGGAAGCCUCCAAGCCUGUGGGAUGUUUAUGCAAACUGAAGCUUUAGCAAUUUGCCCCAAUAUUGGGCAGUUGUGCCACCCUGUCCCUGAAUGAGUGACGCUUUGGGGCACUCUCUUGGUCCAGGCUCUACUUAAAAACAGCAUCCAAGCCUCACUCAGGAGUUGCAGGGGGCACAUCCCAGCUGGAUUCCAACGGGGCGAGCGUCAGCCUUCAGUACAGCCAUUCCAAACAGCACCCACGGCCAUCCCACGCAGCAUCACAUGUUCCAGGGAUGGAGAUAACGCAGGCCUAGCUUAAGAAAACACUCAGCUACUAAUUCUGAGCAUGAAUUCAUUCCUUAAGAAGGGAAAAUGCUUAAGAUCACGCAAGUGCUUAUGCCCUGGCAGAACAAUAACCAAAUCCUACGUGCACAGUCACUGAGGCAGCAAAACCCGGCUCUCGGCUUGAAAACAUGGGCAAAGUGGGCCCAGUUCUCCCUUUCAUGGACACUUUUUUUACCAUGAUCCACAGUAAAGAGAAGGAAAACGUUUCAAAGUGGAGUUUGCACAGACUGGGCAGUGGCCAAAGGAUCAACACGAGUGGGAAUUUUGGCUCUUUGUCGUAGGAGAACAAAGCUGGAAUUAGCACUGGACACCUUGGAAUGUCUGUGCAGUGACUCCAGGGAGGGUUUGGCCAGAUCACAUUCCAUGUGCAUAAGAAGGAAGAACCUCAGGGUGUUGAGGGGCUGAAGACCUUCCAAGCAAAAGCCCUGAACCUGCACAUUUUCCAUGCUCCCUCUCUGAAAAGCUCCCCAUUUAGUCACCAGGUCUGACCUUCAAUUUGGGAACAAGCAUUGCUGUGGUGAGCUCCAGACUGAGCAAAGAGAGAGAGGAGACUGCAGUUAGUCCCACCAACCAAGGUCAUCGGGCAGUGCUCCUGGCCAGGAGCUGCUGGUGGCUGGCAGAGAUCCCUGGAGCCGUAGAAAAUGGAGAUGUGCAACGAGACCAGGGCAUUUCAAGAUCCCAGUUGACGGUUCCUGUCUUUUCCCACCACAUCUGCCCGUGUCUUUGGAGCUGGAGGAAGACACAACUCAUCCUGAAAAACACGGGGGGGCAGCUCAGGCUAAGCCUCUCUCCCAGGACCAGCCAUAAAAGGGGGAUUAGGUCAGGUCUGACCCCUGAUGGGCGUGGAGAAGAGUCCCAGAGGGAUUGAGCUUCCAGCUCUGCUGCUGAGGACGUGCACACCGCAAUUCCCUGCUGCGUUAACACUCAGGAGCAACCGACACCGGCAUCGCCCUGUGGGUCACCUUCUCUCCAGAGCUGCUUCCCAAUCCAUGGGCAGGAGAAGCAGGGGCUUGUGUGGCCUCCCCACAUACCUGGGCCCAGCCAGCAGCAGUCAGCCAAGUCCUCCAGUGUGUCAGGUUUGCCCCAUCGUCAUUUUUCCUCGAUCUUUUUUGCAGUUGUACCAGGAAUUAGUGUCUUGAUGGAUCCGGUGAAACCUGGAGGUACACAGGGGUGCUGGACUGCCCAGGGGCUCGAUGGCCUCACAGUGCAUCCAUCAGGGACUGCUUGGGUUGGGGCAGGAGCAGCAAGGAGAAGUUUUGCACCUUGGAGGAGGAAAGGCCCACUCCUUUCUUCUUCACUGCAUCACUUCAAAGAGUUUCGAUCCAGAUCUGAGGGACCUCAAUUUGUGGACAUUCCCUGGAUGACAGAGCCUUGCAGACACCCAUUAAGACACUCUGCUGCUGCUGCUGGUUUUCCCUGUCUUGGGAUUCCCCCAGGAUUCCCCCAGGAUUCCCCCAAGCACUCGGCUGUCCAGCAGAAACCACCCCCCUGUGCUCUGGUGACAUAAAAUACAGAUGGUUUUGGCAAGUUCCCCGGCCAAACUGCCCCAAAGGAUUCCUGGGCUUCAAGAUUCCUCCCCACAACUGGAUGCACUGCUCCCCAUCACGUCCUCAUCCCUAUGCCAGCCCUUUGCUCAGCAGAGAUGGAGCAAAAUGAUGGUGGGACACCUGGAUUCCUGUUUUUUAUGCCCAGGUGGGAGCUCACCUGGCUCCUCCCAUCUUUCACACACUGACUGGAUGAAGUCUCCCAUCCCAAACUAGGUCUGUGUUGAGGCUCUGGGGUCUCAGCCUUGGGGUGAAAUAGCCAAGGGGUGCCAGACUGGCGUUUUGGUGACACAUCCUGGGAAUGCCCAAGGAAGCUGGCAUCGUCUCUUGGAGGCUCAGGCAGGGCUGAUAAAAGGUUUCUGUCCCAUGAAACUCCACACAGAGUCUGGGGCUGACCACAACCCAGCUGUCUCCUCCACCUUGGAGCUAAUGGAAUUCAGCUCCAAGUGACAUCCUGGCUCAUGUGUAAUUCUCCAAGUCCUGCCCUCAAAAUCAUCUCUAACUUGCCACUGGCCACCACCACAAGCUGUGGCCACGAGGGUCUCAGGUCACUUGCCCCACACAAGGGGUCCACAGACGUUAGAGAUGCUCUGGGACACCUGACACACGGGGCUGGGCAAUAUGAUCCAAGAUUGGAAUGGGCUGCCCAGGGAGGUGGUGGAGUCACUUCCCUGGAGGUGUUUAAGAAGAGACUGGAUGUGGCAUCAGUGCCACGGGCUGGGUAACAAGGCAAUGUUGGGUCACAGGUUGGACUCGCUGAUCUCAGAGGUCUUUUCCAACCCAGCUGAUUGUGUGAUCUUUGGGAGAGCCAGGCCAGUGGUGGGAAGUCCUGGAGCAGCGACCCACACACACACAGCCGAGUCACGCUCCAGGCACAUCCACAGCACAAACAGAGGACACUGCUCAGCUCCAGAGACUUCCAUCCAUGAGGAUGGGGGCUAAGCAGGCUGUCCUGGUGCCAGGGAAGUUCUCACCCCUCACUGCUUUGCUCCACCACCAUUCCCAGGCUGGCUGCUGUCGCUGUCAGACACCGACCCAGGCUGGGCUGAUUCCAGCACUCCUGUCUCACCCCAAGGGUGAAACCACAGCCAUGGCACGUUGUUGUGCCUCACACAGUCCCACUGAGCUUCUGCCACCGUCUCACAGCACCAUUCCUGCUGUCGCUGGCGCCGUGCCGGGGGGAGAUCCCUCUCCUCCGGGUUUCCACACUCCAGAGGGGAAUCUGAUUGUUGCUCUUAACGCUGCUACGUUAUACAGAGGGAUGUAAACCACGGCCCAGCUCUGUAUGUUCAGUGAUUAAACGGAGACCAGGCAGCUCUGUGGCUUCUCUCUGGGUGAGCAGGACCAGCAGCACUGAUGCUGUGUUCACAUGGAGGGUGCUCAGCACCCCCAGAGCUGUGGCAGUGGGAAUCAGGGGCUCAGCACCUCCCAGGAAAGCAAUCCCCUCGGGACUGACUCCAACAGCCUGGUGUCACUCUGUCCUGCUUUGUUGCUGUCAUCCCAUGCCAGGAUUUGCUGUUGUCCCCUGGUUAAGGCUGAAGUCCCCCCUGCCCAUGUUGUGUCACACAGACAGUGGCUCCCAGUGGUGUCCCCCUGGAGCUCUGCCCACGGAAAAGACCAUCCUGCCCCAUUCCUGCCCCUGCCAGUGGCACUUUAUAGCUUGCUCACGAGCAACAUGACCAAAGAUCUCUGGAGGGCGUUGGACUGCAAGCUUGGAGCUCUGUCCCGGCUUUCCUGGGGAGAGAUGAGGCUGCUGUGGGCUGGAAGAGGGGAAUGAGAGCUGGCAGGGGACAGGAGAGGGUGUGGAUUUCCCUGUGUCCCACCUGGGAAUGUUUGCAGGUCCAUGAGGGGGCCUCUUCUGUGCUAGACAGGACAGGAUAGAAAGGAGUUCCUGGGUGAGCUGAUUGUUGGUCACAGCAGUCUCCUCCACGGCCACACCACGGAGCUCCAUGCAUUGCCCAGGGAGAAUGUGGACCAGGGACUGUUCCCUGGAGGAGGAUGGAUGCAAUUCCCUUUUUUUUCCUUGGGAAGAAGGGAGGGUGCAUGCCCAGCCAUUCCUCUUGUCCUCAGAGUGACAGGUCUCCUCUAAUUUAGAAGCAGACAUUGCUACAGGGUCCAGUCAAGGACUCGUUCUGGAUCAGUGGGAAUUGUCCAGGAAAAUGUGUAUCCUCAGAGCUGGUGGUCCUGCUGGCUGCCCCCUUGGUAUCCUCUCCUCAGCUCACCCCAGGGCCUCCUCAGCACCUUCCUUACCAGGGAACCAAAUUCCAAGGUGAAUGCACUUUGCUCUUUGCUUCUCCUGCUUGGAGUGCUGAAGGCAGCUCUGCCCAGCUUGGCUCCAUGAAGCUCCUGGACCUGGUCCCAGCCUUGGCAAGCAGGCCACAGGCCAGUGGAAGAUCAGGGCUCCUGUGAAUGGUGUUCAGGUGGGUCUGGGCCUUGGGCAGAUGCCUUUUCACCGUGCCUCUGCUCCCCAGCUGUGCUCAGCCUUCUCCAUUCCAUUCCUGGGACAGGAGAGGGUCCAAUCACCGUUAAUUUAACCCAAUCCUUCAUCCUAAGCCUUGAAACCCCUUGAUAGAGUUACUGUCCAUCAAAAGCCCUUGCUAAAGAUCUGCUCAUGUGCUGCCUGUGCCCUGCUGUUCCUCUGCCCCAGCUCUCCAGACUCUCCUGCCUCCUUUUAGAUCCUCCUCAUCCCACUGGAGCAACCAGUGACUCUCCCAGAACUUUCCCAGGUACAUCUGAACAUGGAGCUGGAGCCCACAGCCCCCACUGACAGUGACAUAUCCCAACCCUGCCCUCAGAGGAGCUUUCCAGACUGCUGGUCCUCACCUCUCCUCUCCAUCAUUCCCAUGGCAGCUCCAUCAGUCCUGCUUUACCUCCAAGAGCAACUUGGCUUCCUGCUGAAGGACAUUCCCAUGAGAUCCUUGCACGGGGCUUCACACCAUCACAACACCCCACCCACCAGCUCUGGGGCUCCCUGCUCCUUCCACCCUCUGGAAAAACAGGGCCAUGAGGGGUCUAUGAGGUCUGUAGGGGCACACAGGACCCCCCCCAGUCUAUUGAGGGGUCGGGAUCUCAUGCAGCUGUUUGCAGAUGUUGGUUUCCCAAUAGGAUGUUUCACCAGAAACAAUUUUCAGGAUAAUCCUCCUCCCUGGUUCUCCCCCUGAAGGGGAUCGUGUCAGGUCUGGAGCCUGGGACAAGGUUGUGUUCUCACAGCUCUUUCACAGAUCUGUUUUUUCCGGCAGAAAGUCUCUGCUUUCUGUCCCAAAGCAAUAGGUUUUUCUAGGGUGAUUUCAAAGGGACUCUUCCCAACUCUGACACCUGCAGGGAAGCCAGUAUUCCCUUGAAUACCUUCAAAGCUCCAGCCCUGGGCUCUCCUCCUUCGGAAAGGGAUGCGAGGUCCAGUCUGGCUCCAAACAACCACCAAUCUGAGCUUGGUGGUCCCAAUUCACCUGGAGAGCCCAGAGCUGCCCUUACCCAGCAGGCCACCAGCCUGGGCCCCCAGGAGGUGUGAUCCAUCCCCUCCUGGUCCCAUCCCAUGGUUGUCCCUGCAGGUUUUCUCCACGUGGGAGCCACUGGGGUGUCUGAGCUCACAGAGCCACAACCAGACACCAGUGGGAGACUGUGGCUCUGCCAUUCCCAAGAGCCAGGCUGCCCUCCUGGAGGAGAAGGUCCCUUUCUCUCCACAGGUGACUGAAAGGAGCAGAACACCCCCAGGCAGAGCUCCAGCACCGGUGCCGGAGCGUCCCAGCACCGGUGCUACACAAUGCUGCACACACACCGUGUCUAUGCAGUCCCUUUCCAGGCAGGGGGGUCCCUGCAGAGCCCACCCCGGGGCCAGGGCUCCUCCAAGGUGUCUUUGUUUGCACUCCCUGGGACCUGGAAUCGCUGUGAGCCGAGGGCAGCCCCUCUCGGCCUUUGCCGCGCUUGGGAGGGUCCCUCGUCCUAAACACGUCGCCAAGUCGCCCGUGUCCUGCGUCUGUCCUCCAGCAGAUCCAUAGCUGUCCCCCCCUUGAUCCCCAAAUCCCAGCUCCCAGGUAGGGCCUGAGCGAGCCUGCUGUCCCACUUCACCAGCAAUAACAGCCGGGGCCCCCCGGCCCCGCUCGGCCGCCGGGCUGUGUCCGUGCAGGACCUUCUGCAUCCGACCCUUUGUCCAACUCCAGGCAUUCCCGACUGUAAAUUCGAUCCCGGCCUCGUGCUUUCUUCCCUCCUGUUGGUUUCUCUCUGCUCUGACUGUGAAUUCAAACCAGAAGUGUUCUGAACUCGACUCCGUUACUGUUCUGUUUCUGCGUCGACUGUUGCUGGUUCUCCGAACUGCGUUUAAUGAGACUUUGCAAAAAAAAAAGAGAAAAAAUCUAAAAAAAAAAUUAAAAAAAUUAUAUAUAUAUAUAUAUAUACUUAAAAAAAAUAAUAAAAAUAUUUAAAAAAGAACUCCAUAAAGUUGGGUGUCUCUCCUGUCCACUGGUCACUUCCAAAACACCGUUGUCUUGAAUUUGCCUCUGGUUUAUAAAUGUAUUUAAAAGACAAGAGGUUGGGGGGAAAAAAAAAAAAAAAGGAAAAAAGAGGUAACACGCAGCAUUCCGGGAUUUUUGUACAGCAAAGGUGUAUCUGUUUUGGAAAUUCAUGUUAAAACUCUUACCACACUUCCCAGUUUCCUGCUGGUCUGUUGUAUGUCUCCAUUGGGUUUAUCCAGAUGUGAAGAGCUACUGCCUUUGCCAUUUUCUACGGUGAAUAUAUAAAUAUAUCUGUACAGAGGUAUGUAUAUAUAUAAAUAGACAUGCAGAUCUAUAUGUAUACGUAUCUCCAGCUCUCCUCUCUCUACCUGACUGUGAAGGAUUUUUAUUGGGCAAAAUAAAAAUGGAGAAAGGCCCCGUUUUAAAAACAG